AUGCUCCGUACAUAAGUGCUGAAUUUGGCUGGUGAUUUGGCUUCGUUCGGUUUUCAAACCUCGCUCUGUUCUUUCUCAAAAAUGCCCAGGUUUCUUCUGUUCUUCUCGGCGAUACUUGUUGUGUGCGGGACUAACCCGUGUCCGUGUGAGAGGCCGGAGCUCUGUCUACCGAUCCGUGCACAGAGAGACUUUGAGGUGUUUGUGUUUGAUGUGGGUGGAAAGACGUGGAAGUCCUACAACUGGACUAUAGUGACAACAGUGGCAACAUUUGGAAAAUACGAUGCAGAUCUCAUGUGUUUCGCUCACUUCCAUGGAGCACGAGUCGUCCUCAAAGGUGACGUUCCCCUCUCCUACAUUGUGGACCGAGAUAAUAGGACAGCGUGGAUAGCAGAGAAAGUCCAGUUGGCCAAGAGUCAGUUUAUGGAUGGGAUCAACAUUGACAUUGAACAAGCAGUGGACAAGGGAUCACCUGAGUACUAUGCUUUGACAGACCUGGUCAAAGAGACCACUGAGGCCUUCCACAGAGAGAUCCCAGGUUCUCAGGUCUCAUUUGAUGUUGCCUGGUCACCAAAAUGCAUUGAUAAGCGCUGUUAUGAUUAUGUCACCAUCGCUGAAUCCUGCGACCUGCUGUUUGUCAUGUCCUACGAUGAGCAGAGCCAGAUCACAGGGGACUGUAUUGCAAUGGCAAAUGCCCCGCUCCCUCAAACACUGAAUGGUUAUGAUGAGUACUUGAAUUUGAAGAUUGAUUCGAAGAAGCUGGUGAUGGGAGUGCCAUGGUAUGGCUAUGACUACCCAUGCCUCAGUCUUUCCCAGAAGGGGAUUUGUUCUAUACCCAAAGUUCCUUUCCGUGGAGUCAAUUGCAGCGAUGCAGCUGGAACACAGAAACCGUACAAAUGGAUCAUGAAGCAGGUCAACAGCUCGCUGUCUGGCAGGCUGUGGGACAGCGAGCAGCAGGCGCCCUACUUCAAUUACAAGGACCAGGAAGGCCAGAUUCAUCAGGUUUGGUAUGAUGACCCACAAAGUAUUUGUUCCAAGGCAAACUCUGUGACGUCUAAAGGUUUAAGGGGCAUCGGCAUGUGGAAUGGCAACAUCUUGGACUACAGCGAUGAACCAGUUGCCCGGCAGCAGACCGCAAUGAUGUGGAAUGCCCUGCUAGGAUGCUAGCCGGGAUACACUUAACACCGCUGCAGGCAUUUACACUACCCCUGAGCCCACCCCUGUUUGUUGCUAUGUCAAUAUAUCCCUUUGUAGCAGUGACAGGGUGUGACUUCCCUCGGAGUUCAGGGAUGCAUAUUUACACUUUUAUUGCUGUUGUCUAUGAAUGUCUAAGAGAUUUGUCUGUGCUAACUGAAAUCACUGCGAUUCCCUGAAAAGGACAAUCGAGCUUAAUGCAAUGUACACGCAGAGUAUUUUUGAUUAACCUAUGUUAAGCUUGUUGAGAUCUGUACUCGCAUACAGCGAUUUCUUUGCUAAACCUGCUAACUGUUGAAGUUAAACCUCUUAGUUUUAGCAUUCUUCCUGUGACAACGAUAUUAGCCAGGGGCUGGCCAGAGGUGGUACAGACCAGGCCAAAUGUGAUUGGCCACCCCUGGUGGCAGCCAUGUCAGAAUCAAAAUGUGAUGCUUGUCAGUAUUAUAAUGACAAACUGAUGUCUUCAACACAACUAAUGUUUUUCUGGUACUUGUGGUAUUGGUUGAUUUACUUUCAUUUUAUAUCACGUAUGCAGCAUGAUAUUUGCAUUCAUUCCUCCAAUUCAGUUGUUUGUGCAGCAGCGAAGUCUCUGGCCACGCUCCUUUUUUACUCCCAGGCAAAGUUAGCUAAAGAAAGCACUGUAUGUGUCUUAUUUUUACACAGACUAAACAGCUUGAUUCUUAAUAAUGUAUGGUUUAUUAUUUCAUAGAACAAGGGGUUUAAUUUACUUUUACUUUUAAUUUUAUUUCAAAUGGGCCACCCUGUCCAAAACUUUCUAAAUCCACCCCUGCUUAAAGAACCUGAAUAAAUGAGAAGUCAACAAUAUCAACACUACAACUCAGACCACAUCAAAUGACAAUUGGUGUAAUAAGAAAAUGUAAAAAAAACCAAAAGUAAACAAAAAUACAAAACAGUAAGCAGGGUAUGCAGCUGUGUAAAUUCCCUG